UUUAUAUAUAUAUUCCAAGAGACUCCAUGCCAAUACCCCAUCUACCAUACAAUUCUCUGUCACCAACUAAUCCCUAUUCUGCUCUCCUCUCUUUCUCUCUUUGUUUCUCAAUAUGGGAAAUGCAGCAGCUUCUUGUGCUCCUUCAAUACUCUCGAACAGUACAACAGUCAAGGUCCUAUUCUUCGAUGGAAGAUUGGAAGUCUACAUCAGACCAAUCAAAGCAGCAGAGCUAAUGCUAGAGCAUUCAGGCCAGUUUGUGGUUGAGUCUAGCAGCCUCAGAGUAGGGAACAGAAUCCAUGGCCUUACAGCCGAUGAAGAACUCGAAAGACGAAGAUUCUACUUCCUUCUUCCCAUGGAUCUGCUCUACUCAGUUCUCACUCAUGAAGAACUCAGCUCCCUAACUUACAAGGCUUCAAGGGCACUCAAGCACAGAGGAAGCUUCAACAACUUCAGCAAGAUUUUUCCGGUCCUCAGCGAGUUUUGUAUGUUUCCCAACUCAGAAUCAAAGACAUUGGAUGGUUCUGAUCAUCACAGUCCUGUAAGCAAUUCGUUAGUGCCAUUGUUGGAGAGGAGGUACUCAAAGCAAAGAUCAUGGAAGCCUGCAUUGGAGACCAUUGUUGAAACCAGUACUACAUGUCCACAUUGAUCCUCCUCAUUUCUUAAUAAAUUAAAUUUUGGUGUUACCUAAUGUAUAAUUUGUCUUUGAGUUUAGAAAUUGUUAGUUUAUUAGCUUCAUGACCUGGCUUAAAUGGAUGAACAAGUUAAGUGAAGCCGAGUCAAUUCAUGUAAUGAGGAUUCUAGUUCAGGUUUCCAGCAUGUACAAGAUUAGCUGUUUCUUAUAUAUAUAUAUAUAUUUUCUAUCAAAGG